GGAAUGUCAACUAUUCAACAUGGAGACGGCGGUUACUACGCUCGAGACCAUGUUCCAGAAGGCCGAAUCUGAUCUGGAUUACAUCCAGACAACGUUGGAGUUUGAAAUGAUGAAACAGCUUCCUAAUGGACUUGCUCAAGAGGAAAAUCCUCUGGUCCUGAUACAGCAGCUGUCAGUGGUGAAAUCCCGUUACAAAAGCUUGUGCGAACAGCUGGAGAAGAUUUCUGUGGAGCGGCGAGAGUCCACGCGUGUCAUCCGUGCCACCCUGGCUAAAACCAUGAAGCUGGUCCAGGAAAUGCAGCAGCACACCGGGACAGAGAUCUCUUCUCUGUCUGAAGAAGAACAGCGUGCGAUGCAGCACUUAAUGUACCAGACUCCUGAAAAUUGCCCAGAAGAACAUUAAAUCCACUGAUUCCUUGCUGAACAUUCCAGAAAGAAGCUUCCCAGUGGGAGGUGAUGAACAAGGCCAUAUAUAUCUUUUCAUGUAUAUAUAUUUUUAACCUGUUGGACAUUGUUCCUGCGUUUGGUACAUAGGUUGCCAAGAUACCAUUAGAUAUCAAUGUGUAAACAGUGCUGUUUUGAAUUAUGUGCCGGUGUUCAUCUUGUAUCUUUAUUAAAUUGUGAAAAAGUUUACAAAAUGAUCAGCCAGUGACCUGAUCUGAAUGCCUCUGCCCCAAGGGCAGGUUUUUAUUGUUUGUAUUAUUGGUGUAAGCAAGCCUGCCCUUCUAGUAUUUUAAAAUAAUUAAAAUUAUUUUCUGACCAAGCUAAACA